AUGGGUCUCGUCGACUAUUCAGAAUCCGAAUCCGAGUCAGAAUCGCCUCAGCAGACCCCAGUCGCCAAGGCACCACCCGCCGUCACCGCCGCGGCACCACCAUCCAAGAAGCCCUUCCAGAAAGUCGUCGACCGAUCCAGGCCAGGCAAGAUUGUUGUCAACCUACCGCAGGAGACAGCCUCAAAAUCCGACGAACCACCUACCAAGCGAGCUCGGACUGGCGCCUCGGAGGGCGGUCGCUUCUCCGGGUUCAACUCGUUCCUCCCGCCGCCCAAGAAUGCCGGCAAGAAGCCUGCUGCUGCUGGCCCCUCCGCGGGUAAACCGCGCCCAGGUAUCAACCUGCAGACGAGCGCGGCUCCAGGAUUUAACAGGGAUGCCGGCGAUGAUGUUGGUGAACCGCAAGGGGGCUCUGCGCCGCCUCCGAAGCAGGCUGAGCCGUCGGUGCCGGAGGAGCAGAAGCCAGCCGACCAGGUCAAGCUCGUUGGGAAGCCCAUGAUGUUCAAACCGCUGUCCGUAUCGAGGAACAAGAAGAAGGCGCCCAAGACGACAGCCCCAUCAUCGGCCUUGGCAGCAACAGCUCCGUCGCCGUCGUCUUCGGUAACAGCAUCUAUCACAGAACCUUCCGCAUCGGCCGUGGCGGCCGCACCUCCACCACCCAAGAAAAUUCCCCUCUUCUCGAUGCACACCGAAGAGCCAUCAGAGACGCCGUCGUCCAGCAUGUAUGAGCCGCUCUUUGUAACACAGCAACAACAGCAAGAAGCCUCGCACCAGCAGCCCCUGGAGGGUUUCGACUACACACAGCAGCAAUACGGAGGCGGCAGCGCAGAGUCGGGCCCUGCACCCACUCCGGGCGGCGAGUCCCUGGACAGCAUAGCCAACGACCUCAACCUGUCGGCAGCUGAGAGACGGCAGCUGUUUGGGCGCAGCGGCGGCGACGUGCAGGCGGCCAAGAGGGUCAUCAACUUCAACAUGGACACUGAGUACAGGCACAACGAGGAGAUCCGCGCGACAGGCGAGCAGCAGAUCCACAACCCUGUAAGGGCCAUACAGGGCAGCGGCAAGCACAACUUGCGACAGCUUGUGCAGAAUGUGCAGAACCAGCGGGAGGCUCUGGAGGAUAGCUUUGCCAAGGGCAAGUCGAAUCGCAAGGAGGCAUCGAGUAAAUACGGGUGGUAG